GGUUUCGUGUUUGACAGCCGGCGGACGGAACUUUACGCAGGACGGAAGCAGCAGGUGAGGCAACACCUGCGGGAUAUUUCUGCUCGCUGAAUCUAAAACCAGUUUGUCCUCCUCGCUCCACUUGUUGAUGGGAAACUAAGAGGCCGUCGAAACACUCGCAGAAAACGGAGCUACUCGUAUGCGUAAUUUGGAUGAAACCGCGUCCGACUGCAGGGCGGAGGAAGUUUCACCCUGCGCGGCUCUGUGGCAGAUGGUGGUGAUGUUUGGCGACCGGUAACAGGCUCCAGGCAUCAGAUCGUAUUACACAGGCUGCCACCGGGUGCGCAGCGGCAUGGGGAACCAGAUGGACAGGCUGUCACAUUUAAGUUACGCAGAAGUUCCCACGGUGGACCCGAACGGCGUGGACACGGAGGACGGCCCGCGGAUCGGCGUUUCGUACAUAUUUUCUAACGACGACGACGAGCUGGAGGACGGAUGCGCGGUCGAUGGCACCGACAAAGACCCGAAUCAGGAAGAGAAACAGUACGACCAGCGCGACGAGGUGGAGUGCGCCGUCUACAACAGAGAUGAAUGCAUUUACGAGAAGAGCGCAAAGUCGGCCAGCCUGGAGGUUUACUCUCCGGAGAAUCUGCUGAACAAAUGCAAAGCUGGCGACUUGGUGGAGUUCGUGGCCACGGGGCAGUACCCGCACUGGGCCGUGUACGUGGGCGACUUCCAGGUGGUUCACCUGCACAGAGCCGAGGUGAAAAACAGCUUCCUGACGGACGCCAGCCAAGGCAGGAGAUGUCGGAUUGUGAACGACUUGUACAAAUUCAAAGCGCUCGGCUCGGACAUGGUGGUGCAGAACGCCAUGGAGCAGGUGGGCUUGAAGGACCGAGAGCUGAGCUGGAGAAACUCUGAGUGCUUCGCAGCCUGGUGCAGGUUCGGCAAGAGGGAGUUCAAAAUGGGUGGGGAGAUACGGAUUGGCAAGCAGCCCUACAGGUUGAAAAUAUUCAUGUCGGACAAACACUCACACGUGCUGGAGUUUCAGAGUUUGGAGGACAUGAUCAUGGAGAAGCGCAGGAACGAUCACCUGGGGAGGACUGCCGUGCUGCAGGAGCUGGCGGCUCAUUUCAGCAGCGUGGAGGAGAUUAAAAGUAGUGAGCCUGGACCUGAAUGAUGUCCGCCUUCUCAUGCUCUGCUACAUAACUGCUUUGCAAACAACUAGAGUAGCCUUUACUGAACAUAAUCUGUCCGCCUUUAAUCUAUAGCAAAGCCUUCACUCCUUUAGUUUUUACUGGAGCUACUUCCCUUGUGGAUUUCUGGUUCGAGUUUUCAUGGGUUUCUGACUAUUUUAUUGCCUUAAAGUCACAAUCCUCAACACCCUCUGUUGCUAAAUGGCCUUUCAGUUAGAUAAAUUGAUUAAACCUGUAGCUCCAGAAAUCCCCCACAGAAUGUAUAGUUUUCUAUGAAACAGCUUUACACAUCUGUCUUAAAGUGUUCUACAAGUAGAGAGAAUGUUACUUUUAUUCAUAGCGUGUUGAUCCUUGUGUGGUUUAUCUCUCAGCUCCCCCAGACAGUAGCCAGUCUGAGCUGCUGACCGACUACAAGCAGGAUUGUUUCUGCCUUUAAGGGUAAUUCUCACACCAGCACAUCUGAAGGAAAAUGUCGUGUCUGUGCUACACUGAUCAGAGUCUGUGUUAACUGUACCCGAAGUUUAAGUAAACCAUGAAUCACUGUCUGUUUCUGAAA